AUGCCGGUGAAGCCGCAGUUCACAUGGGAGCAGACGGGCGAGGAUGUGCUCCUGCACAUCACUAUCAAAGGCUGCAAGAAGGACGCGGUCGAUGUUCUGAUUGCCGACGUUUUUGUGAAGGUCAAUGCACCGCCGCAGUACUUGCUGGCGCUCGACCUGCUGCACGAGAUCGAUACAUCCAAGUCGUCACAGUACUUCACCGACGCGCAGGAUGGCAUCAUUUUGCACGUCAAACUACACAAGGCGGAGGUCGGCCGUGUGUGGGACGCCCUUAGCGUGCGUCAGUCCUCCGUCGGCAAACAGGCAUUGCUGCAGCGGCGGCAAGAGUCGAUGCAAAGAGCGGAGGAGCAGUACCGGGCACAGCUGGAUGCACGCGUGACACAGCGCGAGACGGAGAAGCGACGUAUGCUGGAGGCCCAGUGGGAGGUGGAGAAGGUGCAGCGCGCGCAGAUCGAGCAGCGUGUGAAGGCGGAGAAGGACGCCGCGGAGACGGAGCUGUACGCGUGGGAGGACAGCCACGCGACUCCAGCGGCGGACACAGCUUCCGCUUCACCGUUGCCACUUGAUAGCAUCAAACUCGCGAGCCCUCCGCCGUAUUCGGCGGACAUCGCUGCUUCUGCUGCUGCCACCGCCGCGGCAUCCUCACCGCUGUCGUCGACGCCUCAGGCUGCUCCGCCUGCGACGCCCGCAUCGUCCUCGUUUGUCACCACGCCGCCGGCGGUUCGGCAGGCGGACACCGUCAACGUCACCAUCGACUUUACACCGAAGACCUUUGCGAUGCCGACUCGCUCACACGGGGAUGAGGAGUACUACCGGCAGAGUCGCUACAAGCCGGUCUCGAUAGAGGACACGCCGAUGUUCUGGAAGGAGCGAGCAGACAAGUGCUACCGCACGCAGCAGUGGAAGGCGGCGGCGAACGCGUACUCAGAGUCUAUCAAGCGCGACGGCGCCUUCUUGACUUGCGUCAUGAAUCGGUCCGCGUGCUACCUGCAGAUGGCAGACUACAAGAGGGCAAUCGAGGACUGCUCGCUGGCACUGACCAUGCUGGCCAAUACACCGGCGAGCGAGGUGACACAGGAGCGGUACCGCGGGCUCAUGACGAAGCUUCACGCCCGCCGCGGCGCCGCCUACUGCUGGGCUGAUGACAUCAAGAGCGGCGCGGCGGACCUGCGCAUGGCGGCUGCCUAUCGAGACCCGACAAGCGACGACGAUGUAGCGGCCGACUUGGGCAUGAUCGAGGCUCAGAUGAAGGAGCGUGGCAUCACCGAGGACGACGCGCGCGUCGAUCCUCUCUCCACCCGCAUGCAGGAGGCGGCGGCGCAGUAUUACAAGGGUUCGUACGAGGCUGCCGAGGCCACCUACAGCGCCAUCCUCAAGGAACAGCCGUUUCACAUGAAGGCACAGGGAAACCUCGCUGCUGCGCUGCUGCGCGCGGGUAAGUUCACACAGGCCCUUCAGGUUUGCGAUGGGAUCGUGCAGUUCUGUAGCGAAGUGGCUGCUGCGCUGGAGCAGCCCGGUGGCCUCGCAGGUGACCAGCUCGACAGCGACGAUGAGGAAGACGAGGACGAGCCUGGCUGGGCAGCGUCGAACACAGAGAGUGCGGCGGAAGAGGUGGAGGGGGCAAGCAACAAGGACACCCUUGUCCGUCAGCGCCGCGCAGCGGCAAGGAAGUUGGGCGAGCAGAGCGGCCACGUCUACAUGCUGCUCAAGGCUUACGUGCGCAGCGCAGCCGCUCUGUGCGGAAUGAAGGAGUACCACAAGGCGCACGGCUACCUAGAGCGCGCGCUGCGCAUUACACCGUACGACAACGACUUGCGCGACGACUGCAACCGAUUGGCUGAGAAGAUUCGGAUGGACACGCUCAUUGCCGCGUCUGCCGGCUCGGCACGAGCUCAGAAGGCUGCUGCUUAA